AUGAGACAAUUACGAGAUACGCCGCCGCUUCUUCAGAAGGGGCUUCUCCUAGCCGGCAGUCUUGCUCGCCGUAUCGACAGAGUCGAGGACUUGCAACUGCCAUAUGCUCUCUACCAACAGGCCAAGGAAGCCAUCUAUAUGAGUAGCGGCAGCGACACUACAACAUUACUAAAGGCCAUAACAAUCACCUCCUGUUGGAGUCUGCGCCCGCCGUCUGUCAUUAGUCUGGAUGGACCAUGGCACUGGGCAGGAAUUGCUAUGCGCUUAGCCUUACAGCUUGGCUUGCAUCACGAAAAGACAUAUUCUGGUCUUCGGGAUUCGAAUUCCUGCCGACUAGUAUGGUGGUAUCUGGUGAAUAGUGAUGUACUCCAGGCUGCCUGCUGGGGACGGCCAUGCCUGAUUCAAAGCCGUUGUCAGGAUGUUCAGCUUCCUGCGCAUUCCGACCUGGAUAGCCUGCCGUUGCAAACCUUUAACCAGGUCACUAGGCUUCUGCUAAUAUUAAGACAAAUUAUUGAACCCGAAACAUCACAGCUGUCUGACAUCGUGAAUGCGCUGGCCGAUUGGCAUCGAGCGGUCCCAUUACCACUGAAACUACACAGCACGGACGGAUCCCGCAAUUCAUACGACAAACCCGGAAAUGAAAUGUUCAUCAUCUAUUUUGCUAUUAUCCUGCUUGUCCUGUUUCAGGCCGAUAGGGCUGAGAACCGCCAAACCCCCGUGUCUUUAAUCAGUAUCGCCGCAUCCUCUUGUAUAGUUCGUCUUUACGAGGAAAUCCACCUCCAUGAAGACAGCCCUCGCCUUAACUCAGUUCACGGUUUCUUCCUCAUGCUCGCUGCAAUUCCGCAGAUCUUCCAUCGGACUGAAUCUGCAGCAAAGGAGCGCCUGCGAGAACACGAACUAGACGUCAUAUGCCAGGUCCUACAAGCACUCCAUGUCAAAUAUGGUGGAUCCAAUAUGGUACUGCAGAAGAUAUCAAAGCUUAGAGCUGAGUCGGAUGCAUUACGAGAAUCAGAGCCACCACCUGUUAAUACAGGCAGCUAUCUGGAGUCUAGUACUGGAGCAAUUGACAGUAGCCUGCUGUUUCCUUUUCCUACCCACUUUUCACCCAACCUCGGUCUCUUGGACGAUUACGAGAAUAAUUCCCCCAGAAAUGGUGCGAUGGACUUGCUGGCUUUCGAGAGCUCUUUAAUCGACUGGUCGGCCGAUGAUUUCUUUGACACGGGGGACUUUCCCCAGUCUAUCGACUUUUAA